AUGCGUGACGACGAAAUUAUGGGAGCAAUCAAAGUUUGUUUCGAAGCUUAUUCCAAGAUUGGGAUCGAUAUUGAAAUUAAGUUUAAACCAAGCAAUCAUGAAGAACAUGUUAAAGAAUCAAUGAGUGAAGAAAACUGUAAUGAUGAAUCACCGUUAAAAAAUUUCCUCUCUCCGCCAAAAAAAAAAAAGCGGACUUCGAGAGUAGCAAAACAAGGCGAUAAAGAUAAAAUACAAUUAAAUAUUAAAAAGUAUUUGCAUAACAUUCCUUCGAAAGAUCAAGACCCUAAAGUCAUGAAUAUAACGUGCAUGGAAGAGGAUGCUGAUGUUAAGCGUUGUGUCAAUGAAAGUAGUGUUGCAACACAUAGAAUUGCAGGCGAAAUGUUCGAAACACRAACUAAUUGCCGAAACAAUGGACAGUUAAAUGAAUAUUUUAAAUUCGACAAAGAUAAUUUAAAUAACUAUUUCUAUUACGAUGAGUUAAUCAAUGACGACGUAUUCGGUGAUUUAUUCGUACCCGAAGAUAAUAAACAUAUCAUCUCUAAGACAUUUGAUUCGGCGAUAGAGAAGUGUUGUUUUAGCGAAAGUACGAAUCAAACAAAUUKUUUGAAAAAUAAAAUUGGGACUGAAAUUAUCGAACCCAUGCAAUCGAAAGUCCCCAGAGGAGACGGUUGUUCGAAUGAGAAAUUAGAAUACGAUAAAUCGAUAAUAGAAGAAAAAUUGGGUGAUGCUAAUGUGGUGGCAGGUGAAUGUCUCCCAGAAUCUAAUCAAGUCACCAGUGAAAAUAUAGAUCAACAUUACAGGGAAGUAGAUCAAUUGCAAGCAAACAAAGAAAACGUUAAUCCUUAUAAAUCGGAAAUACGGGUGAAAAAACGCCUUCCGUUCGGUGUUUUUCAAAAAUAUCACGUAGAGAGCAAACAGCACGAAAUCUCGUCAAUACCGACAACCAUUGGAUUUGACGGAAAACAGAAAUUUUUUGUGGAUUCAAAAACUGUGAAUAAAAAUCGUCCCGUGUUUUCUUCAAGGACGCCAACGACGACGAGGAAUCAGUGGGAUAACGAAUUUGAUCAAAAUUUCUCGACGUUAAAUGUUGAACCUGUGUGGAAGGACGACGUGGUUGUGGGUCGAUUGUCUCGCCAAAUAGAAAACAAUUUGAAGGCCCCUUUCGAUUUCCGAGUUGACCGGGGCGCGGAAAAUCUACCCGAAGUAGCUGCGAUCCGUCGCAACGAAUACUCAGCAGACACAUUGGUUCCGGUCCAUCAUGGUGGUCAGCAGACGAGACCGGAUGUAGGAGUUUUUGAGGUACCGAUCGCCCGGACACCGAGAUUCAGUGAUCGUGUUGGCGGUAAAAUGACACUAGACAAAUAUUUUCGAGCAGCCAAAACUUCACGGCGGCUACGAGAUCUAAAUUUCAGAACGUUUUAUACGUCAACAUCAGACGUGAAAAGUCCUGCUGAAAGACCGUUAUCCGACCCAGCAGCACAGCAAAAGACUGCAAGACUCGGAGACGAGAAACUGUCGCUCGCUAACCGUUUUCUCCACCACGAUCUGAGAAACUCACGUGACACCGCGGAUACCAUACAGCGUUUGAGUUGUUAUUUCCCAUCGACCUCAAAGGACUUAAAAGGUUAAAAGGUAAAUAAUACUCAUACUCGUGACCGGAUUCAAAUUGUUCU